GGUGUUUGUUAUUUGUUGGGUGUUGGUUGUUGGGUGGUGGUCAUGUCUGUGCAUUUCUUUUCUAGAAGUAUAAGGGUGUGUCUCAAUAUACGACUGUCCAGUAUAUUUAGAAAAGAGUCAUACUUCCUUUUAUUUUUACAGCUGUAUGACACUAUGUAAUUGCCUGCUUUCUUACCAACACACCCUACAGAAGGUUGAAUGCCGCAGCACGAUGGCCACGAAUCCGACAAGAGCAUCUGGACAACCGGGCAAAAUAAAGAAAGACGAGUCGCUACUUGGAAAACUUGGAGGAACGUUAGUUCGGAAAAAGAAGAUCAAAGAAGUGAGUGAUCUUCAGGAAGAGGGCAAGAAUGCUAUCAAUGCUCCUCUCCUUCAUGCCGGUUAUGAGAUUCUCCCAGAGGACACACUGCUUGAGGAAAAUGCAGAGAGAAUCAUUUUGGAUCCCAAUUCCAAAGAGGACAUCAACUUUAAAGAUCUGCAGAAGGUUCUCAUUGAUUGGAUCAACAGUGAAUUAGAGGAAGAAAGGAUCAUUGUGAAGGAUCUUGAGGAAGAUCUGUAUGAUGGACAGGUGUUACAAAAACUAUUUGAGAAGCUGUCGGGUAAUAAACUAAACGUUGCUGAAGUGACUCAGUCGGAGAUCGGACAGAAGCAGAAACUUCAGACGGUUCUUGAAGCUGUAAAUGGAGUUCUCAGACCGCUGGAGUGGAACACGGAGUGGAGCGUCGACUCCAUUCAUUCUAAGAAUCUGGUGUCCAUCAUGUAUCUGCUGCUGGCACUGGCCAUCUACUACACAGCUCCCAUCCGCAUACCUGAGCAUGUGUCCGUCCAGGUGAUUGUGGUGAAGAAAAAAGAGGGAAUCCUGCAGACGUCUCAUGUCACCAAACAACUCACAACGUCCUGUACAGAAAUGAUGGUCGGAAGGACAGAACGGGAUGCAUUUGACACGUUACUGGAUCAUGCACCUGACAAACUGAAUGUAGUAAAAACGUCACUGAUCACAUUUGUGAAUAAACAUUUGAACAAACUCAAUCUGGAGGUGACUGAACUGGAAUCACAGUUUGCAGAUGGAGUUUAUCUGGUGUUGUUAAUGGGAUUGUUGGAGAAUUACUUUGUGCCGCUGUUUAACUUCUACCUUACGCCAGAAAGCUUUGAACAAAAGGUCCAUAACGUGACAUUUGCUUUUGAGCUCAUGCAGGACGGUGGAUUACAGAAACCCAAAGCAAGACCAGAAGAUGUGGUGAACUUGAACCUGAAGUCCACGCUCAGGGUUCUUUACAAUCUGUUCACAAACUACAAGAACUCAGAUUAACAAUAAUAGACUUUAUAUUAAGCAAUCUAAGAAAUCUUGUCUUUUGCCUCAGUGUCAUCUGCGCUUACACACAUCCCGACUGCUUUUUGUAUGUAGGAAUGAAAUAUUUUGUAUAAACUGGCUUUUUAUUCCCAGACUCGAAUGUAUUUAUCUGUAACAACGUGGCUUAUUUAUGAAUGUAAUUUUUGCUUGUUUGACUUGCACAAAUAAGACCAUCUGUUGCUUUAAACAAUAUACAGAAAUAACUGUCCUGAAUUUUUUCAACACCUGUUGAUUAUGUUUAAACUGUGCGUUCACACCAAACGCGGUAGAGGCAGCAAGCGCAGGUGAUUUACAUGUUAAGUCAAUGCAAAGACACGAUUAGGCAUCCUGGGGCGCGAGGAUUUUUUCGCAUGUUGAAAAAUCUGAAGUUCGCUGGAUUUCCGCAUCACGUUAACCAAUCUGGACCUUGCUCUAGUAGUGACGUGAUUACAACAAGCAAGCAGAGUCCCAGAAGCCCCUCCCAUGACACAAAUUUCUGCGUGAAUGUCUCGAAUUUCACGCGCGGCUUUUACGCGCGAAUGAAGUAAACUCAAAAUGUUCAAGUGUCCCACUACACACAAUUAGCGCGUUUUUGCCGCCUCUACCGCGGCUGAUGUGAAUGCACCAUUAUAAAUGCUGUAAUUAUUAUUGCACAUAAAUGUUGCACAUUUGA